GUAGCUUGUUGUUGACUCAUUAAGCACUUCCGCUUAGGAAGCGUCGCUAAGGAGACACAAGCGCGUCUUCAACACUGGCGACUGAGGUGAAAAUGCCUCACUUUCCCUCUUCAACGACGACUGAAAAAAGCAGAAUAACAUAACAUAAGUAUUCAAUGUCCUCUGGAGAAAGGAUGCACGUGACCAGGCCCAAGUCUUCAAAAGGACGUAGCAGACCCAUGAUAGCUCACUCUUCAAUGAUCUACACACCUUCCCAGCCCUCGGCUCUUUCCCCACAACCUCCAGCCGCCAAGACCAAAGACAAGUCAAACCAAAGCCUCCGAUCCCGAGCCAUUCUAAGGCGCAGCAGUCAACCAACAACAGAUAUACUGACUGAAGCCUACGAUAGACCCCUGGAAGAGCCAGUCUCCCUCAACAGAUACAGAGUUCUGCCAUCCAUUGAGAAGAAAACUGGUACAGGCCACCGGAAGUUCAGUCAAUGUGACAGCAGUCAUAGGAAAUGUCAGCACACAAAUGCCAGACUGGAUGUGGUUUCGGAUUCAACUCCUCCUGAAGAAUCAGACCUGCUGCUUGCUAUCAGAACUCCACGCGGACACAGAUUUAAGUGCAGUUUUCGGCCAUCAGACCAGCUGAAGGGGGUGGUAUCAGCUGCCGAGGCUGAAUUCGGAGAAAGGUUUGAUAAUUGUAUAAUUGAGACCAUGGAUGUGCCGCGCAGGACUUUUACUAACCUUACGAUGACCUUGGCUCAGUGUGGCGUGCUAAACAAAUCAGUUUUAUGCAUUUCCCAUGACGACAGCGAAAUAGAUUUAACUUGAAACGUGAUUGUAGUGUAGCUUUUUAUGGAGACGCAACACUCAAAUUGUUUAGAUUUAAGCACAUACAUUUAAAUACAACGGUUUUAGAUUUGCAUUUCAAAUUAUG